AUGCUCUGGGGGAGAAGUUUGGCGUUGACAACGCCCGUCAACAGUCAAAAACCGUCGAUUGUACGCGCUUGCAAAUUGAUUCCAGGCAAGCGGAUGUUCUCCAAAAUCUUGGGCGAGUCCACUCUCAUGCUGGCUGGCUGCGCUGGCGCGAUCGCGAUCCAGGCACAGCUCCUGUCGAAGGCCAAGGACAAGCCUGAGUGCGCAGCGGCUGAAGCCGCGAGGCAGUUCGAGAUGCCCUCCGACGCCGAGAUCGCCGCGAUGGCCAACGCAGCUCUGUCCUUUGAGAGGACCCGCCAGCGUGGGGAGCGGCCAGCGCUCGUGCCAGCGUGCGACUGA